AUGAGGAUUUUAGCUUGGAACUGUCGGGGGUUGGGGAGCAUCCUGGCAGUUCGAGCCCUUGGUAGGCUCAUUCAGUCUGAAGCUCCCGACAUAGUGUUCGCGAUGGAGACAAAAUGGUACGAGUCUGAGGCACAACGUCAUAGAGGAUUGGGAGGCCUUCCAAAUGUCUUUCCGGUUCAAUGUGCGGGCCAAGGACAUUCGCGAGCAGGAGGUUUAUGUUUGUUUUGGGGUCCAGCAGUGGACGUUACCAUUAUUUCAAGUUCUUUGAAUCAUAUUUAUUUUACUGCUACUCAUGUGGAGGAGCAGAAGGUCAUGCAGAUUUUGGGGAUUUAUGGCUUCCCCGAUGAGAGGAGGAGAGUUGAUACUUGGGGUCUGGUUAAGAGACUGUUGGUUGACACUGCUAUCCCUGCGCUCUGUGUAGGGGAUUUCAAUGAUUGUCUUUCUCCGCAAGAUAAGUUGGGAGGAGACCCCCUUGAUCUUCAGCAUAUACAGAGGAUGGCUAGAGUCAGAACCGAAUGCAAUUUGCAGGAGGUGGAUUUUACAGAAUACAGGUAUACAUGGUCUAAUAAUAGGGAGGCACCAUAUACAAUCGAGGAGAGGCUAGAUUAUGCGCUUACAAAUGACACCUGGGAUGAAUCGUGGCCUUCAACGGUGGUUCACCAUUUACCUAGGUAUAAAUCUGAUCAUAAUCCUAUUUUACUAACUUGUGGUGUGCGCAGGAAUAGACAAGAGAUGGGCCGAGCAAAAAUUUUCCGGUUUGAGGAGAUGUGGCUCCAAGAAGGACAAGAGUGUGCUGAGAUAGUGACAGAGACUUGGUGUAGACUGCGAAAUGACCUCCCCACCAAAAUAGCUGAGGUGGGAGGGGCCCUAAAGUGUUGGGGAAAAGACAAGUUUGGUGAUAUUCCCAGGAAGAUUUCUGAUCAGAAAGCCCUAUUGCAAGACUUGCAAAGAAAGGAUCAAACAGCGGAGGUGCUGAGUGCCGCGUCAGUGGCUGAAAAAGAGCUUGAUAGCUUGCUGGAACAAGAGGAAAAGUGGUGGCGCCAACGUUCUAGAGCCACCUGGAUUGAGGAGACCACAUCUUUGAUAGCAAACAGGCUGUCAGACUCUCAUUUGCAGGUUCUUGCUGAUCCUUUUACAAAGGAAGAUGUAGAAGAGGCCUUGUUCCAAAUGCAUCCGACCAAAGCUCCGGGAGCGGAUGGCUUCCUGGCGCUUUUCUACCAACGGUUUUGGGAUGUCAUUGGGGACGAUGUAGCGGAGUUCUGUUUGCAGAUUUUGCAUGGGCAUGUGUCGCCAGGUAUUAUCAAUCAUACGAUGAUUGUUCUCAUUCCUAAGGUUAAGAAAGCUGUUAAUGCGACCCAGUUUAGGCCUAUUAGUUUGUGUACUGUUAUGUUUAAAAUUGUGACUAAGGUGAUAGCAAAUAUGCUGAAAAUUAUUUUGCCUGAUUUAAUUUGCGAAUCCCAAAGUGCAUUUGUACCAGGACGUAUCAUCACAGAUAAUGCUCUCAUCGCUUAUGAGUGUUUUCACUUUAUGAAGAAAAGAACUAAUGGCCGGAAUGGCACGAUGGCGCUGAAAUUGGAUAUGUCCAAAGCGUACGACCGGAUCGAAUGGUCUUUUUUGAGUUCUGUAAUGACAUCUAUGGGUUUUCCACAUAAUUGGGUGAAUUUAAUUAUGAGUUGUGUAUCAACGGUAUCUUUUUCCAUUAUGUUGAACGGUAAUCCGCAGGAAAAUUUUGUCCCUAACAGAGGUUUAAGACAAGGGGAUCCGCUUUCUCCUUAUCUUUUUAUCUUGUGUGGGGAGGUGUUUUCUGCUUUGAUUAAUAGAUCCAUUGCUUCAAAAGCACUUUCUGGAAUUAAAAUAGCGAGGAAUGCUCCUGUUAUUUCACAUUUGCUUUUUGUAGAUGAUAGUAUCCUCUUUGGUAGAGCCACAGUACAGGAGGCGGAAUGCCUAAAGGAGAUUUUAGUGACUUAUGAACGUGCUUCCGGCCAAGUAGUCAACCUUGACAAGUCAAUGCUCUCAGUGAGCCGAAACGUGCAGCAAACCAGUUUUGAUGAGCUUAAGCAGCUAUUGGGAGUAAAGGCCGUAGAGAGCUAUGACAAGUACUUGGGGCUACCAACAAUUAUUGGUAAGUCAAAACGACAAAUUUUCAAUUUUGUUAAGGAAAGAGUGUGGAAAAAGUUAAAAGGUUGGAAGGAAAAAUUUCUUUCACGAGCCGGGAGGGAAGUUUUAAUUAAAUCAGUGGCGCAAGCCAUUCCCUCUUAUGUUAUGUCUUGUUUUCUUUUACCUGACGGACUGUGUGCAGAUAUUAAUAGCAUGAUCUCCAACUUCUUUUGGGGAGGAGAUGUAUCUCAGAAGGGGAUGCAUUGGACAAAGUGGAACAAGUUGUGCAAAAACAAAUUGGAAGGUGGUCUUGGAUUCCGGGACUUCAAGGCUUUUAAUAUAGCUUUGGUGGCGAAAAAUUGGUGGAGAAUCUAUUCCAAUCCAGAAGCAUUAGUUGCUCGAGUUUUUAAAGGUGUUUAUUUCCAGAGUGGUGAUAUGUGGGGAGCAAAAAAAGGCUAUCGACCGAGCUAUGCAUGGUCAAGCAUUCAGAAAUCGGCUUGGGUUUUUCAGAGAGGUGGUUUAUGGCGUAUUGGUAAUGGUAAGAGAAUUAAUCUGUGGACAGACAAUUGGUUGCCCGGAGGGGCACCCACUCUUUUUCGGCAGGAUGUAGUCGAUGAGCUUAAUAUACAGGUGGUCAGUGAUUUACUUGAGCCAGACACUUCCAGAUGGCACUCAGAAUUAGUGGAGCAUAUCUUUCACCCAGGGACAGCUAGGCGCAUCAUGGGAGUGCCCCUUGCUACUCAAGCACGUGAUGAUUUUCUUUGCUGGCCUUUCACCAUGGAUGGGAGGUACUCUGUUAAGACUGGUUACCAUUUUGUUUGUACUGCUUGGGAGGGUGAUGUGGCCUCUUCUUCGUCACAAACCUCUCUCUCAAAGCAACAAUGGCAGAAGUUUCGGGGCUCAAGUGCGUUGCCCAGGUGCAAAGAGAUGGCUUGGAGGCUUAUUCGUGGAUUCGUACCAGUGAAUUCAAAACUGAAGCGGAGACAUAUGGAAGUAGAUGAGCAGUGCGUGUGGUGCUAUCAAGAAAAUGAGACUUUGGAGCAUGUUUUCCUCUCUUGUACAGCUGCCAAAAUGUUCUGGUUUUGCUCUCCUUUAGCUUUGAGGACAGACCAGUUCACGGGUUUGAUAGACUUAUGGGUGGCGGUGCUUCAUGAUGGGGAUGCAGAUUUUAUUGGGAUGGUCCAGACCUUAUGUUACGCUCUUUGGGAAGCUAGGAACAGGUGCAGGUUUGAUCACAAGUGUUUCUCUCCGUUGGAAGCGGUGCAGCGCUUGCAAAGGCUGCUGUCUCCCUCGCGAGUGGACACGCCAGCCCCACCCUCUCGCACGGUUCAGCACACAACGUGGAGAAGGCCAGGUCGAGGGGUGUUUAUGAUCAAUUUUGAUGCCACUUUUGUUGAGGGACAACCGUCGGGCUAUGGUAUGGUGGCGCGAAACUUUGAAGGGGAAAUUUUGGCCUCGGCGACGGCGUAUCCAGUGGCAUCUCUUUCCCCUCUCUUGGCGGAAGCGGGUUUUUUCCGAUUGGCUCUUUGUUUUGCUAUUGAGUUGGGUUUCCGGAGGGUUGAAUUCCAGAAUGAUUGCUUACAGCUUUUCAAUUGGUGGAAAUCUCGUAGGGAGGGUGUUUCGUUCCUAGCUACGACUGUUCGUGAAUGUCGUUUUUUAAUUUCUGGUUUUGAUGUUUUUACUUUAUCUUUUGUAAGACGUUCUGGUAACGCAGCUGCUGACUAUUUGGCUAGGAACGCUUCUACUUACGCUGAUAUGGUGUGGGUGGAAGAAGUUCCGGAUUGUGUUUUCCAUGUGGUGGCUCAGGAUGUUUUGGCUCCUAUGCUUCCUGAUGCCUAA